CUGCUGUUAGGAGCGCUUCCAUAGAGAGAUGACCACACAGUACGGUAUUCUCUUCAAGCAAGAGCAAGCUCACGAUGAUGCCAUCUGGUCGGUUGCCUGGGGAAAAAAUCAAAAAGAUGGUUCUGAAACAGUGAUCUCUGGUUCUUUGGAUGAUUUAGUGAAGGUCUGGAAGUGGAACGAUGAAAAACUGGAUCUACAGUGGACUUUGGAGGGCCACCAGCUGGGCGUGGUGUCUGUGGAUAUCAGCCACACGGGCGCCAUUGCAGCAUCCAGCUCCCUAGAUGCCCAUAUUCGCCUUUGGGAUUUGGAGACUGGCAAACAGAUCAAGUCAAUAGAUGCUGGCCCUGUUGACGCCUGGUCCCUGGCUUUUUCACCUGAUUCCCAGUACCUUGCAACAGGAAGUCAUGUGGGAAAAGUAAAUAUUUUUGGUGUUGAAACCGGAAAGAAAGAAUACUCUCUGGACACCAGAGGAAAGUUCAUCCUUAGCAUUGCAUAUAGUCCAGAUGGAAAAUACUUAGCCAGUGGAGCGAUAGAUGGCAUUAUCAAUAUUUUUGAUAUUGCAACUGGAAAACUUCUGCAUACGCUAGAAGGUCAUGCAAUGCCUAUUCGUUCACUGACAUUUUCCCCAGACUCUCAGUUACUUGUAACAGCUUCAGAUGACGGCUAUAUCAAAAUCUACGAUGUGCAACAUGCAAACUUGGCUGGGACAUUAAGUGGACAUGGAUCCUGGGUAUUAAAUGUAGCGUUUUGUCCUGAUGAUACCCAUUUUGUUUCCAGCUCAUCUGAUAAAAGCGUCAAAGUUUGGGAUGCUGGGACAAGAACCUGCGUUCACACUUUCUUUGACCACCAAGAUCAGGUUUGGGGAGUGAAAUACAAUGGAAGUGGGUCCAAAAUUGUAUCUGUUGGAGAUGAUCAAGAAAUUCAUAUUUAUGACUGUCCUGUUUAAAUGUCUCAAACUCUUGGAGCAGUUUUUAGGAAUAUUGCUGUCCUUCCAUGUAUUUUUUUUAAUACUAUAAAAGCAUUUCAGUGAUGCUGAUCUGCAAAAUCAGAUGUUUAUAUGUAAUUUUGUUUAGCAUGAGAGAAAGCUUUACUUUUUUUUUUUAAAUAAAAGCUACAGCUGCAA